CCGAAACUGGCAAACAGAACACUCAUGCAAAUAUUAUCACCAAACUUUUAAGUGGGGAGGCGACAUGACUCCACUUCUUGCUAGACGUUGUAGCUGGUAAACCAUUUUAACAUGACCAGGCUAAAAUGAACAUGAGUCAAUGUUUAUAGCCUAGUUCAAUGUAAGUAGUUUGAAACGUAAAGCCUGGAAAACAAACUUCAGUCAGCUUACCUAUCAAGGCUAUACUGACCGCAGCGCUGUGUGGUCUUUCACGUCCGUGUUAGCAGGUGGUUAAGCUAUGCCGCAGAUCACCACAACAACCAUACUACACUUGGCGCUUCUUCUCUCGGUUCUACCACUGCAGUGUCUCAUCUCCAAGUGGACCAGAGUGUCAGCGGCAGAGCGCAACCACCGUAUUAAAAGUAUUCUGAGAGCUUGGAAUGACCUCCGGUCCUCUUACCUGAACCCCAGCGCUUGGGUUGAGUGGGCAACGUCGUGGGUGAACAAAGUGACGCUCUUUGACGAUCCUGAGGAAGUGGAGGAUGUGGAUGAUGGCUCCCCUUCCCUCGAGGAGUUGCUCCAGGACAACGACCUCGGUUACUUCGCAGCGUCAAAAGAUGUCCACAGUCCACGGCCAAUCUAUGUGUUGCACCGGGUUGGUCAUGUUGUCAUAGAGACUCAGAGCCACAUGGUUGGCGUGAUUGUGGGCUGGGAUGCUGAACUGCGAGCACCUGCGAAUUGGAUCAAGAAGAGAUACACACAGUCAGAGCUGCAGAGUGCAGCAGACGGUCCUCAUUAUAAGGUUGUGUUUAGCGGCCCUGGCUCAUCCUCUCUUAUGGUGGGAUACCUGCCUCAGUCAGCUCUAAGGCGCAUCAAGGGACACAAGCCGGAUAUCGCCACCCUCGACCUGUACUUCUCUGACUUUAACGGCGAGAAGUUUGUGUUGAAGCCUUGGCUGGAACAGAUCUACCCUGAAGACUGAGGAUGAAAAUGGAGGAGG